AAGGCGCCUCGGUCUGACAUAACCCUAGACCUACUUUCGUUUUGUAGUGUAGAAAAUCUCGUGCAUUACGACACACACAGGAAGAGGUACGUCGUGUUUCAAUUAUCACACAGGGCUUUCCAUUUUAAAAACAACGACUAGUGGGCUCAUCAUGGGUGGAUCAGCUGUUCAGUCUGACUCGUCAGAAACACAAGACAAUGUAGGAUUUCUUGACUCUCUUCAACAAAUCAACGAGUAUUUUGGUCUUCAAGAAAAGAUGGCAGUCAUUCAACAAUCUGCUUCAGAUCACCCAAUCGCCGCCCUCUUCCUGAUGGUUACCAUAGUGAUGUGCAGCCUGCCGUUGUUCUGUUUUUUCACUUUUGUAUUUGUUUUCACCAUAUUUGGUUUCACUGGAUUUGUCGUCUUUGAAGGUGUGGUUUUGACACUUUCCUCCAUACUACUGGUGGGAGCUUUGUUUGUGAUGGGCCUUCUCUCGUUUGGACUCUUCACCUUCAGUUUUUCCUGGAAUAUGGUGAAUCAAGUGUCAACCAAGUUUCCUCUCCCUGAAUGUGUGACUGCCAGACUACCAGACAGGACAAACAAGGAUAAAGAAAUGUAAAGGAUGUUUGUGGUAUUUCAUUAGAAAACAUCUGGUCACACCAUUGCAUCCAUUCCAUUCGAAAUAACUUUACAGAAUUAGUCAUGAUGUUUUGAUUAUCAAUCAUCGAUACCAGGAAUCUAGCAUAUUAUUUGUCUUUGUGAAUCUCCCAUUUAUAUUGUUGCUAACAUCUUAUCUCUGUAGAUUUUAACUGCCAAUAACCUUGUAAAUUAAUUUUCGUUAUUGAAUAAUGUUACAGUGACUGGGAACAUAAUUGAAAAAAGAUAAUGUGUUCCAAUGAAGUAAUUACAUCCUACACCAAACAUCACAUUUACAAUAAUGAUCUUCCAGGAUUUUCUUUUUAUGAUAUUGGUUCCCAGCCACCGUAUCAUAGAUUACCUUACACUUACCUAGAAUAAUACCUGACCGGGAAUCAUCUCGGUAUUUCUGACAUUUCCAAUUGUCAUUUAUGUACAUUGUAUGUAUUUUGUCCAAUUAAUGAAUAUUUGUAUCCAAUAGAUACUAUAUGUGUAUACUGAUUAUUUUUAAAGACUUGUUUUGGUGGUUGGUUAUACUAUAUACAUUAUCUGAAUGUAAUAGUAUUAUGUUGAAGUUUGAUGAAUAAAAAGUAAAGUAAUAUCA